GAUAAUUCCGCGGUCACACUUUUCUAGUUGCGCAGUUCAUUAAAAGUCCAUAAAAAUAGAGUUUUUAGUUCGAAUUCAGUGCAAGUUGCAGCUAAUUAACACCCCAAAAGCUUGUGGCACCCCUCUUGUCUGCGGGGGCGUGCAAUGUUAAGGAUUCACGUCAAAAUGGGUCCGCAACGUAGUCAUCAUCCAAGCAACAACAACAACAACAGCAAUGGCACCACCACCAGCAGUAGCGCCAAUCGGCAGCACAAGGAGUUUACGUGCUGUUUUGGUCUGCAUGUCCAUACGGCCACCCUGAUGAUUGGAUUGUGGCAUUUGUUCCUCAACAUUUUGGCCCUCAGCGUUCUGGCGGUCAUUUGGCGCAAUCCCGAGAUGAUGGACGAGCUGGAAAGUGGCAGCCACGACUAUACCGUGGAUCUCAAUGCACCUGCCCUGCCGACGCCACUGAGCAAAGUGGACCCGCCCUACGCCUACCGCGACCAUUCCCUCAACUAUCGUAAGCGUGAGCAGAACUUUGACAUGGGCGGACUGGUGUGCACCUGCAUGAUAGCCAUCACGCUAAUGAUGAUCUAUGGAACCAUCAAGGGGAAACCGUCGCAUCUGCUGCCCUUCUUCUGUCUGCAGCUGUUUGACUUUGCCAUAACCACCCUCACCGCCGCUGGCUAUCUGUGCUACCUGCAGGCUAUACAUCGCAUCAUUGCCGAAUCUCACCGCUUGCCCUGGCGCGAGAAGCUGCUGGAGCUGCCGCCCGAGGAGCUCGUCGUGGUUGUUCUCGUCGUUUUCGUGUGCAUCGUAUUCCUGAAAGCCUACUGCAUUGGUAUCGUCUGGCGCUGCUACAAGUACUUGACUCUGCGUCAGCAACAUAUCCGUACCUUGUUCCCCUUCCUCGAGACUGGUUCCGGGGUCCAUGGUGUGGGCGGUACCUUUGGGGCUGAGGAGCGGGCCUACUCCACUCUGUUGCCCAACUAUGAUGAGGCCAUUGCCCAGUACUUGAAGCAGGCACCGCCUCCAUCCUAUCAGGUGGCCAUGUCCAACUACCAAGAGGAUCAGGUCGGAGAAGCUCGCGGUGCUGAGGCAAAUCCUGGUGUGGCCCCCCUGUUCGUGGCUCUGAAUGCAGUGGCCGCAAAUGUCGCCUCUAAUGUGGAUGAAAACAUGGACAACAACAACGAAAUGCCGAACAACAACAACACGAUGCACGUGAAUGCCAACACGCCUCCAAUGCGACGCAGCGAUGCCGCCCUUGGUCCCAUUUCGGAUGACGAUGAUGAUCUGGAGGUGAUCGACGCAGGCUUGGAGGUGAUGGAGGGCAUUCCGCCACCGCCGCCCUACAACGAUGUGGCCGAUGCCGAAGUGCAGGUGCCAUCGCCCCACCCGGUGGAUCGUCACACAACACCUGGCCGCGACGAGAGCCAGGCCUAAGUUGUGAUUUCUUUAAGUUUGUUUCUCACUAUGUAAUCGUGAUGUGGACAUGUGCACAUGCUCGCAUUACUACCAUCCACAUCCUCGUCUUGCCCAGCCGCACAAUUUUUUUCGGUUUUCAUUACUUGGCUCAUUCCGUUUUCUCCAUCAACCCGGUACAACCCUAUACAUUUAUGCUCUAUAUACCUCUACCUAUACAGAUAUAUAUACGGAUAUAUACGUAUAUGUAUAUAUAUUUAUGCAUAAAUGUGUUGAAAAGUGUUUUUGAAGUAGUCUCCAUUUAUAGCCGUCGCUCAUUAUAUUGUUGUUUAAGGUAAAAAAUGAAAACGCAAGCAGAUUGUCUUUUAUAUGCUCUAAACAUACAUAUAUAUAUAUGACCGCUUCUCUUCAAAUUUCCAAAA